CAUCAGACCCAUCAGACAUCAGACGCGAGCGACAGACGGGAGAGAAAGAUCAAACGCACUACCUAUCCGUAUACCUGAUCACCAAAGGGGGAAGCAUUUGGUCCCUGUCCAAGAUCAUACGCGCCAGCGCUUUGGUUUUCUUCCUGCGGGCGAAAAAAAAGCAAAAAGCAGUGUCUUGUGCUGUCUUUGCCAACGGCGUCCCAAGGUGUACCGCCCUCCAUCUCGCGUACAUGCCCCCACCGGAUGUACGACGAGGUUCAAGAUUGGCGAUGGACGAUCAUAACGGGGCUGCUGCUCUCCAGCCUGCCACCUCGGGGAGCAGCGGUGUCGCGUCUCGUGCGUCGAUCUCGGGCUCUUCCCCUCUUUCUGCAGACCUACGGACAGCAGGGGGAGCGUCCGCAGCAGCAGGGAUGGAUCUGGGAUUCGAAGCUGCCAGCAGCGGCAGCGGGGCCGGUAGUGAGGUUGACAACAGUGUGGUGGCGGGUGAGGCGAUAAACUGGGAAGGGGUGGGUAGUGAAGCGGAGGGGGCGGCGGAGGGGCAACAAGAGAGCGUCACGUUGUUGGUGAGGGAAGGUUGUGAUGGCGGCGAUGCCCCUGGCCGAUCUUCCCGCCGUGCCUCAUCACCGACGUGCCCACCUCCUGGGCCCCGCGUGUCGCCAGCAGGGGAAGCGGGCGGCAAUAGAGCGCGCGCGGGGUUUGGCGAAAGCAUGAUUAGCAAGACAGCAGUGGGAGAUAGCACGGCAGCAGCGGCCGCUGCUGCAACGGAGAUGUUCCAACAAGUGGAGAUAGGUGAUGUUGGUUUUGGAGAAGGCGUGCCCCACGAUGAUAGUGGCAGGGGAGGGCCGCGCGCGUCUCCCGUGGUUGACGUCAGCAGCAGCAGCAGCAGUGGGGAUGGUGGUGGUGGCGAGCUUGAAGAAAACCUACCGCCUGCCGCAGCCUUAGUUGACGUCUUGCACGAGGGCAGCGUCGUCGGAAUCGAGAGCAUGUCAGAUUCAACCGCAGCAGCUGCAGUAGCAUCAUCGGCGAGACUGUCGUCUCCAGAAGCAGUAAAAGCCUUCGACCACGACCUACUCGAAGGUCGCCCGGACAUCCUACCAUUCACGGGGCAGGUCGGCGGCGGCGGCGGCGGCGGCGGCACCAGCAGCCGGGACUACGGCGGCAUGAUCGGCCCGGUGUCCCCCCUCUCGCAGGCUCUCCACAUGGCCCUGGCGUUCGUCGUGCUGGUGCUCGUUGCGAUCGCGAAGGCCGACGACGUCACCGCGGUGCGCGCUACGCCGUACGCCAAGGGCGCGGGGUACAGCGGCAGCGGCAGUAACAGCGGUAGCUCCGGAGCCCCAGGCUCCACGCCGGCGAGAAGGAAAGGGUCCAGGACCGGCGGCGGCAGCGGCAGCGGGGACUCUUCCCAACGGAGCUCUGGAGCGGGACCGGUGAAACGAAGAAGAAUCGCCAGCAGCAGCGGCAAGGGAAAAAUCGGGCGCCGCCGCGGGGGCGGGGUAUUGACGUCGCCGGUCGCGCGCCACCUCCGGGCGGCGUGGUCCUCGCUCUGGCACGCUGUCGAGGACGACCUGGCCACCCGGUGGCGCGCCGCAGGCCGGGUUCUCAUGCACCUCCGCCAGGCGUGGUCGGCCCUCUGGGUGCCCCCGCCGCACGCCGAGGCGGACAUCCUGGCCGGCGCCCUGGCGUCGCCGCCAUGCUACCCCCACGGAGCCACGGGUCGUCGGCGCAGGACAGCCGCGGGUGGGGGUGGCGGGGGCGGGGGCGGGGGCGGGAGCGGCGUCGGGAGCGUCGGCAAUGGCGGCGGGGGUUCCGAGAGGCGCCGGCGAAGAUCCGGGGGGCGCACGAGCGGCGCCCGCGGCGGACGGGGCGCGCUUGGCGCGACAGACGGCAGCGGCCCGAGCGAGAAGGGCUUGCACCUCGGGCGGCCAGUGGGCCUGAACUGCCUGAACUUUCUGAGCCUGUGCGGGUACCGCCCCGGCGGGGGAAGGGGCUCGCGGCAGCCCAAGUUCCUGCUCCUGCUCGACCUCGACGAGACCCUGGUCCACUGCUCUCCGCACGUGAUGCAGCCGCCGAGGAGGCACGGCGGCGGCGGCCGGGGCGCGCCGCGGCCGGACCUGAAGCUCGAGAUGAGGGGUAGGGCGCCCUCGGACAACCGGCCGUCGUGCAUGGACGCGUGGAAACGCCCGCACCUGGACGUCUUUCUCGGAGUGGUAAGCAGGUGGUACGAGGUCGCCGUCUUCACGUCAGGGCGGCAGUGCUUUGCGGAGCCGCUCAUCGACCUCAUCGACUCGCGAUGUGUUAUCGGCAAGCGCUUCUACCGAGACAGCUGCGUACGCCGCGACGGGGCCGCCCCACCCGACACCGGACGGACGGCGCGCGGCGCUACCGGGGUGCCUGUGGCGACGGCGGAGGCGGGGGCUCCGCCCAAGUCCUCGGAGAGCGUUAAGGAUCUCCAGGUUGUGGGUUCGGAGCACUUCCCACUCCGCACCGUGCUCGUGGACAACCAGCCGCGGACGGUGGUGCAGCAGGCCAACGUCCUCCCCGUCAAGUCGUGGUUUCCGAGGGACACGGAGGACCGACAGUUGCUGGACCUCCUCCCGGUGCUGCUGGCGCUGACGUCGUGCCAGGACGUGCGCUCGGUGCUGAGCUUGAGGCCCGGGGUGGGGGUUGGGGGCGGCGGGGCGGUGUGCUCCGGAUGAAGGAGGGAGGCGUUCGGCGUCUUCACGCUGUCCCUGUGUGGCGGUGGUAACGGUGUUGGUGGUGUUGGUCACCCACGGUAGGAUCGAUGGUGGCGAUGUUGUCUCGUGCGGGGGGUAGCUGCGGACGGAUUGUGCUUGAGCAGAGCGUUGGCGAGCAAGGCGGAGGGUACCGAUAGCACGGCGCUUCUGCGGCUUGGUUGGCAGGCUUGUUGACCUGAGGGAAUGGUGAGAUUCGGAUCGCAGCUCCCCCCCUGUUGUACGCGCUCGAGUGUCGAUGUGAUGAAGUUGCGUUGAACCGGAUGGCUCGUUGCAAUCUGUUUCAUAGCAAGAAGGGAUGAAAAAUCGGGAACAUAGCGUGUGUUUGUUUGCUUGUAAUACCGUUCAGACCCCCCCCCCCCCCCCCCCCCCCCCCCCCCCCCCCCCCCCCCCCCCCCCCCCCCCCCCCCCCCCCCCCCCCCCCCCCNUAAUACCGUUCAGCCCCCCCCCCCCCUCCUCGCACGCGCCUCUCGUGAUGUGUUUGUUAGUCGGCGUUUGGUUGUGUGCGUUCGUCUUCGCGCGGCGCCGCUGCUUCUUCUUCGUGUUAUGACGUGUAGACGCACACGAAAAUCUGGCGAAGAUCCUGCCCGUAAUGCAACGGAAAAGAAAUUCUACCUCGCUUCCCCCCCCCCCCCCCCCCCCCCCCCCUGCAAUGAUGCUCGCCACUGGUUGAGAGCAGUUCCUGACCCCGGCCACAGUCGAGUGAACGGGUAUCGAAUGAAGAAGUUCAUUGAUUUAUAUUUCGUUGAGACGGGGGACAAGACCCUCCCACCAGUACUUUUUGCUGAACGGUCUCUCGCUGUUGUUGGUGCAUAUUUCUCUGCAUACAUUCAUUUGUGCUGUUUCGUUUUGUUUUGUUCGUGAGGGGGGGGUGGGGAGAGGGUGGGCGGAUAGAUUGGACACCGAUGUAUUAGGUGUCUUCGCUGGCUCGUGCAGGUGUGGUCAGCGGAGCUGGUACUACGCUGCUCUCACGCAGAUUGACCGGUUUUGGUGUAGAAAUGUGGCGUUUCGUCCCCUUCCUUGGCGAUGUCCGGUCAGAAGUAGUAUCUACCGGAUGCACUUUUCUUGCUUUGCUGCGCUUGCAAGGGUUGGACUCAUCCGUGUGUGUGUGUGUGUGUGUGUGUGUGUGUGUGUGUGUGUGUCUUCAUUGUUACCAUCGACCGCGCUAACCGGCUGACCGGUGAAAAGACGUGUGCGUGUGUGUGCAUACGUAGCUGCAUAUACAGUAGACGUUUCGCCGAUGAACAGGGGAGCUAGUCGCUUCUAUGGCAGAUGACGAUGGCUCGUCUUUUCCGGGAUGUAUUUUUGUUUUGGGCCAAGAGGAGAUACAGCAGCCAGUAGACAUGGGUCGGAGAUGUGUUCAUUCUUCAUGUUGGUUUGCACCUCGUUCGUUCUGGUCUACAUGGGGCGGCUCUGGUGUAGCUGCAGGCGACCAAUUAUCUCUUUUUCGCGCUUCUAUCGUUUUCCUGUUGUUUUGCUUUAUGACCGGAACCGGCAUCAGCCGAGUAGGGAAGAGUUGGAGUUGGAACGAUGCACAUUAUUUAGUAGCACGACCGGUUGUCGGAAAGGCGCGUGGUUGUUUGCACAUACAAGGCAUCGGCGACAGCUGUCGCGAUCCCGCAGAGAUGUGGUCGGUGGAGAAGGAAAGCGUACCCUGGCACUAGAGAAGGUCCGAGUACUGGAGGAGGCGGUUCAUUUCAUGCACGACCUCGAAGCCUCGUGCUGCGUAAGCAGCGGGUACAUCCCAUAUCGGAGACCGUAAAAACUGAACGAAGUUAGGAUUGGGAUUGAAAAGAGCCGUGGGCCUGCUCUACAGCCUAUGUCAAGGUUGUAUCUUUCUUGUUUGCGGCAUGCCUAUUGUAGCUCUUUCCUUCGUGUUUUUUUUCUCAGGCGGCAUGGGGAGUAGCCGGCGGACCACGAGUUGUGCGCCCACGAUUGGUUGUCCUGCGAAGUCCGGACGGCGGUGGUGGCUAGAGGGACAUAAAUUUCGUUUUUUUUUUUCCGGUUGUUCGCCUUCCACGAAGAAGGGUGAAAACAAAGCGGGUGUAGUCUGCACGUACAACUGUUACUUCACUUGCAUUACCUCAGUUGUUAUAUUUUGCAGUUUACGGGCUGAGUUUGUUGUGCGCCAAGGAGAUGGUGCUUGCGUAUCUCUCCUGAUCCAUUUGGCGUAAUCAGCCCGGUCCAGGAUGGAUGUAGAUCUAUCUGUUUUUUUUUCUGGGUUAACAAACGAUACGAUGGAUUGCUUCCCAUCUCGCUCCGCGGUUGAAACCUGGCGUUUAUUUUUACCGUGUCUGGUUAAGGCUCUUUGUUUUCCGUGUCAUGUGGCGCACAGCAGGUCCCACACUACAUGAGUGGAAUCACGGUGCCUGCCUUUUUUGCGGCGUUGCAAAAAGCGCUACACCCAAGCAAGAAGUGGUGUCC